AUGAAGUUCCGCAGGAGUAUGAAGAGUGAGAAGGACAACCGCCCGCACCACAUUUCAAUUCCACCCAAGGACGCUAUAGCCAUUGUCCCGCCAAAAAAGGUCAUAAAAGCGCUUUACGACUACAAGCCCGCCGACCCCAGCCCAAACUCUGGCUUCCUGGCCUUUUCACAGGGCGACUUUCUGCACGUCGUCGGCCGCGAAGACGACAGCGAGUGGUACGAGGCCUGCAAUCCGCUGCACGGCACGCGUGGACUGGUACCCGUUUCCUACUUUGAGGGCGUAGGCAAGACUGUGCGCGACAGUGGUGGCUCUGCGCCGCGCUCCUCCACACCGCAUCAGCAACAACAGCAGCCCCACGACUCGGGCUACCAAGAACGCAUCACGAGCCCCCAACCCUCGGCCCAGGACAUCAUGACACAGCAGAUGCGCAUGUCGCGCGGAGGAGGGCGUGGCGCCAUGGUCUACGGCAUCGUCAUCUACGACUUCAAGGCAGAGCGGCCCGACGAGCUCGAGGCCAAGGAGGGCGAGGCCAUUAUCGUCAUUGCACAGUCCAAUCCCGAGUGGUUCGUUGCAAAGCCGAUAACGCGACUCGGCGGUCCUGGCCUCAUACCCGUUUCCUUCAUCGAGAUCCGCGACAUGACGACGGGCCAGGCAGUCGCCGACACACAGGCAGCAGUCACGGCCGCGGGCGUGCCCAAGGUCGAAGAGUGGAAAAAGAUGGCAGCAGACUACAAGAAUGGCAGCAUACCGCUUGGAAAGCUUGAGACAAAUUCAGGACAGUCGCUGCAACAAGGCAUGGAGCGCAUGAGCAUCAGGAGCAACGGAGGGCACAACAAGGCCGGCUCGGUCUCUCACUCGCGCAACGGUUCCACGGCGCAACCACGAAACCAAUACCGCACAUCCGACAACUUGCUUGCACCCAUCAAGGCAUGCGUGCCACGCUACUGCUUUGCCGACGACAUCUUCUGGUUCAUUAUAGAGUGCCAGAUGGAGGAUGGCCGACACUGGGAGUUGCAGCGGCUGUACCAGGACUUUUACGACCUGCAGAUACAACUGAUAGCGACAUAUCCAGUCGAGGCAGGCACGAGUGGCUCAGGCGAGCGAACACUACCCUUCAUGCCUGGGCCCGUCACCUACGUAACGGACAACAUCUCCAACGGGCGCCGCGCCAACCUCGACGAAUACAUCAAGAACCUCCUCAAGCUAGGACCACACAUCACACAAGGUCACCUUGUCAAAGGUUUCUUCGCACCAAGACAGGGCGACUACGAGAUAGACCCGGAUAUUGUCGCUGCUGAAGAGUAUCGUCUGUCACAGCAAUCACACCAGUCAUCGAACCCUUCACAAGGAACGAGCAGACAAUCAUCUGCAGAUCAACUGCAAGCCACAACACCUGUCACACCUUACUCAACUGGCUCCAACUACCCCUCCCACCAGCGCGGCCAGUCAACCGCCUCGCAAGCAUACUCGUCAAACCUCAACCCACCGCCCAUGACCCACAACCACUCCUCUACCUCCACAGCCACCAGCACAGGCACAUCCUCUGCCCUCAAGAUUAAAGUAUGGUUCGAAGAAGAUAACUGCGUCGUCAUCCGUAUGCCUAUUUCGCUCAAGUUCAUCGACCUCUACAAUAAGCUUGUUGAGAGAAGGAAAAUGGAGCGGCCAGGCGAGGAAGAGGAGGAGUUGAUUGUUGAGUACAAAGAUGAACAGGACAAUUAUUUUUACCCCAUCGAGAAUGACGAGGAUCUCCAGAUCGCGGUUGAGAGGAAUCCCAAGCUGACGCUCAGUGUUACCACGAGGCGGUAA